AUGAGCGAAGGAAUCAAGCCCAGCAGAGAGCCCCGAGACCAGCUCUGGUUCGCUAGAGACUCCCUGCGCACCAGCAUUUACCUCGACAGUCCGGAAGUACAAGCAGCCAUGGCGGCGGCGAAUGCAAAUGGUGCGAAUGGAGGAGAGGAGGGACCGGCGUGGUUGCAGAAGUUACGGAGUAUUCCCAGACAGCCGUUUCUUUUUGGGCCGAGCCCGGUGCAGUUUCUGCCUAGACUCACGAAGGAGCUCAGUCCGGAUGAGGGGGUGAAAAUCUGGGCGAAGAGAGAUGAUUGUAACAGCGGCCUCGCCUACGGCGGCAACAAAAUCCGCAAACUCGAAUACCUCCUCCCCGCCGCCCUGUCACAAAACGCUACCCACCUCGUCUCCAUCGGCGGGAUCCAAUCAAACCACACCCGCGCCGUGACCGCCGCAGCCACAGCCUGCGGCCUCAAAGCCGUCACGAUCCAGGAGAAAUGGGUUCCCAUCGAUCCACCUUUAUACUCCAAGACCGGCAACAUUCUCCUCUCUCGCCUAAUGGGCGGAGACGUGCGAACCAACGACGAAGGCUUCCAUAUCGGCCACAAGGAAGCUGCCAAGACGGCGUGUGAGGAAGUAGAGAAGGAAGGCGGGAAGGCGUACUACAUUCCUGCGGGCGCGAGUGAUCAUGAGCUCGGCGGGCUAGGGUUUGUAAAUUUUGUCGUUGAGGUGGCGGAGCAGGAGAGGCAGCUUGGUGUGUUCUUCGACACGUUGAUUGUAUGCAGCGUCACUGGAUCCUCGCACGCGGGACUCACUGUGGGAGCCGUAGCGGAGGGGAAGGGGAGGAAAGUGAUCGGGAUCGACGCCAGUGGCAAAGUCGAAGCGACAAAGGAACAAGUUACGAGGAUUGCCCGCAACACCGCGGAACUCCUCGAUCCAGUGUUGGAGAUCCCGGACGAGGCGAUUGUGCUUGAUGACAGGUUUCACGAGGGAAUCUACGGCAUUCCGGGACCGAGCACGAUUGAGGCGAUGAAGUUGGCGGCGAGGACGGAUGCGUUGAUCACAGACCCGGUCUAUGAGGGAAAGAGUAUGGCGGGGUUGGUUCAGCUUGUGAGGGAGGGGACGAUUAAGAAGGGGAGCAAUGUGUUGUAUGUGCAUCUGGGAGGUCAGCCGGCGCUGAAUGCUUAUUCGAGCUAUUUUCAGGAGUAG